UCGACGGUAACGGCAGGGGAGAGAGGAGUCCGACUGUGGCACUGGUCUGUCUUGGCGUGUAUUGCCACCUACAGCAUCUUUGGUUCAUCCGCAUGGCAAAGUUACCGACCGAACAUGAUGAACAUGGUAUCGAUAAUGCGGUCAGUCAUCUUUCGGUCUCCAAAGUUGUGGACAAUGAACAUUCGCCGAUUCUUAAAUGAAGGUUCCACAAAAGAAAUGACCUCUUCUGUACUGGAUUCAGUUCCAAAACUAGAAGAAGAUGCAGAUGUCGAGCCAGAAAUUGGUACCACAGGCCUUGAUUAUGAAGGACAACUUGAGCAGUGGGAUGAAAUUGCACGCAGAAGCCUUCUAUUUUCUUUUAAUUUGGAUAAAGAAACCCAUUCUAAGCUCUAUAACCAUCUACGGACAUUUGGGGAACUGGCUUAUCAUAUCCCCAUUGAUAAACAGCCCAAAAAGAGCCGUCACCAUGCUUUGGUUGUGUUCCAGCAAGAUGAAGCAUUGCACUUGUUUCAGGAGACAGCACUGCCCCCUGCCAAAAUUCCUAUAUCAAGACAACAAAUUUUCCUACCUGAAAAAUAUCUUAGUGGGUUGCCAGUGGGAGAAGUGCAUGAAGAACUAAGACCACAAAAGAAGAAACCUAUGGAGAAAGUCUAUAAUGACUUACAUUUUGCCAAAGAUGGGAUCACAGGGCAGAUAGAUUUACUUUACAACUCCUUGAAGGUUCAGGACACUGACAUAUUGAAAAGGUGCUUUGUGAGAGGCCAGAUGCAACACUUGUUAGAGAAGUUCUUUCCACACCUGGCUGUACAGCCAUUUGGAUCCACAAUGUGUGGACUGUCCAGUGCCUACAGCUCUGACCUGGACCUAUAUUUGGUUGACCUUAAAAACGGAAGUGGUGAUGAUGUAAGUGUAAUGUGCAGUAUUUAA